GCGGCGUUUUGGAUUUCUUCUUCUUCUUCGAUCCGUCUCCCUCCCUCUCUCCCAGAGACGAACUCUCUGCUCUCCCAGGACGAUUUCGAAGCACGAGGUACGUACCUCCCUAUACUCAUCGAAUCUCCUCUUUGUUUCUCAAUUUUUCUUCCCCUUUCUUAUUCUUCGUUUCUCCUUUCAUCGAAUCGCUCCCCUGCCCGUCUCUCUCCCAAAUCUAAACCUAACCCUAACGCACCUGUACGACGCCGAGGAAGAAUCGCGCUCCAGCUAUCCACCAAUCGGCGCCAUCCUAGAUUUAGAAUGUCGUCAUCAGUUGCUUCAACAUCGUUGCUUAAGCAUACAUCGAGCAACGUCCCAAUGUGCAGCUGUGGGAAUCAAGCUGUACUUAGAAUAUUAAAUACUCGAAGAAAUCCGGGGCGAUCUUUCUUUGGGUGUCCACUCUACAACAAAGAGGGGUUACCACAGUGCAACUUUUUCAAGUGGUCUGAUAGUAGUGAAUACAAAGAGCAAGCCCUCCUUAAGAGAGAAGCAGAAGUAUUAAAGAAAGAGGAAGAACUUAAAAAGAGAGAAGCAGAAGUAUUAAGACAAGAUGAAGAACUUAAAAAGAGAGAAGCAGAGUUCGAGAAGAGGGAGUUGGCACUCCAUAAUGAUCACGUCCAGUUUCGCAGUCAAGAAGCCGACAUGCUACAUGCACGCAAACUAUUUCUUGUACUUUGGCUAAUAGCCAUAGUUAUGUACUUAUAUUUGAUACUCUCACUGCGUUGACGAGUUUGUAUUUGUAUUUUAUAGAAACUUAGCAUUUGUAAGUCGAGACUUUGAAAUUAUGUAUU